AUUAGGCAUUUAUUUUCAGAGUUUAUACAGUUUGAAUUCUGCAGUAUCGAUAUUAAAACGUAGGAAUGGGCAAACCUGACAGUUUUGGAUUAUUUUUUUUUUCAUUUCUUUCUUUUUAAAUCCAUCCAUGUUGGUUUCUCUCCAUUUCUCAGUUUUCCAUUUGUUUGUUGGUCCAAGCCAUGUCAUAUAGCUUUGGCACUGAUUUCUGAUCCCAUUAAUUAGUGUCCCUUUAUGGUCUGGUUCAGCGCUCAUCUGCAUUUUCCUUUCCAUUCUUUUUCCUUCCUUUUUCUCAUAGAAGUAAGAAUGUCUAAGCCCUUGGAACUGGAGAAGGUGCGGCUGGAGCUGCAAGAAGAACACACGGAUACAGAAAGAAAUGGACCUGACACAAACCAUCAGACUCAGCAGAGCAAACCUUCCCCUUUCUCCCCAUCCCCAACCAUCACGGGCACCAAGAUCAAAGCUGAAGACUCUACAGAAAUGCCUCCAGCCCCAGCCCCAGCCCCAGCCCCAGCUCCAGCCCCCCAAGCUCAGCAGCCACACCUACCCCAGGCUCAGCUUAUGUUAGCAGGCAGCCAGCUUGCUGGGGAUAUCCAGCAGCUGCUGCAGCUCCAGCAGUUAGUCCUUGUCCCAGGGCACCACCUCCAGCCCCCUGCACAGUUCCUGCUGCCACAGGCCCAGCAGGGGCAGCAAGGGCUGCUUCCGACACCAAAUCUAUUUCAGCUACCUCAGCAAAAUCCAGGGAGCCUCCUGCCGAACCAGCCUCGUGCAGGACUCCCAGCACAGCCGCCCAAAUGCCUGGAGACCCCUUCACACCCCGAGGAGCCCAGUGACCUGGAGGAGCUGGAGCAGUUUGCCCGCACCUUCAAGCAGCGGCGCAUCAAACUGGGCUUCACACAGGGUGAUGUGGGGCUGGCCAUGGGGAAGCUUUAUGGGAAUGACUUCAGCCAAACCACCAUCUCACGCUUUGAGGCACUGAACCUCAGCUUCAAGAACAUGUGUAAACUCAAACCUCUUCUGGAGAAGUGGCUGAAUGAUGCGGAGACAAUGUCUGUGGACUCCACGCUUCCCAGCCCCAACCAGCUGAGCAGCCCUAACCUUGGUUUUGAUGGGCUGCCAGGCCGACGUCGCAAGAAACGGACCAGCAUUGAGACCAAUGUCCGCUUUGCAUUGGAAAAAAGUUUUCUAGCGAACCAGAAGCCUACCUCAGAGGAGAUCCUACUUAUUGCCGAACAACUGAACAUGGAGAAGGAAGUGAUUCGUGUCUGGUUCUGCAACCGCCGCCAGAAGGAGAAACGGAUCAACCCUUGCAGCUCUGCUCCCAUAUUGCCUGCUCAGGGCAAGCCUCCUGGCUUCAGCCCUCACAUGGUGACCAGCCCAGGCACCGGCACAAGUUUGCCCCUCUCCCAGGCUUCCAGUAGUCUGAGCACAACAGUUACUACCUUGUCCCCAACAGUCUGCUCCCUAACCCCCAGUCGGACAGCUGUAGGAGCAGGGGGCACCACCCUCAACUCGGUCACGCCACCCCCAAGCAACAGCACAAAUCCCAGUCCCCAGAGCAGCGGUCAUCCAGCUCUCAGCUUGCAAGGCCUGAAUCCCAGUACAGGAAGCACAGUGCUAGGGGUGAAUGCAGGGUUAAACCCAGCGCUAAUGGCCACCAACCCACUGGCCACCAUACAAGCACUGGCCAGUGGUGGAAGCCUGCCAAUUACCAGCCUUGAUGCCAGUGGUAACUUGGUAUUGGGUACCAGUGCAGGCACAACUGGAAGCCAGAGUAUCGUGACCUCACCGCUCUUCCUCAACCAUGCGGGCCUGCCUUUGCUGAGUGCUGCCCCAGGAGGUGUGGGGCUGGUAUCAGCAGCUGCUGCCGUGGCUGCUUCUAUGCCUAGCAAGUCCCCUACCUUGACCUCCUCCUCCUCCUCCUCCUCUUCCUCCUCCUCUUGUUCCUCAUGCAGCUCCUCCAGUGACAUGGCGCAGACAAUGGGGCAAGUUGGUCCUGGAUCCACUGAACCGGAUGCCAAGACGGAAUGAGGGCUCAGGAGCAUCCUCGCUGCCUUUUCUGACAUGGUGGGGGUAGCCAGGAGUGGACGUACAAACCGACACAUG